AUGACAAAAUCAAAAGUAAAAAUGAUGACAGCGGGUAGAAGUAAUGAAGUGGAAACUUCAACAGGCAAAUGGUUGGUUCAAAAAAGAAAAUCAUCGAAGUCUAUCGAUGAAUCAACAACUACAACUUCAAAAGAAAAAGAAAAAAAAGGAAUCUAUGUAAAAAAGAGAAUCGGUGAUGGAAAAUAUGUUAAAGGAGUGACAAAGAUUAAAGAAGCAAAAAGGAAGAAGAAUAGUGAGGACAAUCGUGCAGCAAUAAAGAAGCAAAAAACCGUCAAAGAGAAAAAGACUGUGAAAGAUGCUGUCAAAGAGAAAAACCGUCAAGGAGUUGCCUUCAAUAAACACUAGAUCGACACCUGGAUUGAUGACAGAUGCUGUAAGUUCUUUGACAUUAGAACAAAAAGAGUGGGUAAAACGGAUGAGAUUUAAAGCAUUUUUGAAGAUCAACAUUAAGAGUAUUCUCUUAAAACUUUGCCUUUUUAUGCUUGAGCAUUAUGAUGAAGGCACAAACAGUAUUCUGAUUAAAGGAAAAAGAAUAAAGAUCACAAAGGAAAAAAUUCAUAAAGUGUUUGGUUUACCCAAAACUAGAAAAGGCUUAUUUUACUUGGAUAUGGUUAGCGAAGAUCAUCAAGUGUUUGAUGGAUGGAUGAAGGAACUUGAAGGUGGAAAGGCAAAUGCAACAAACUACAAGAAGAUUAUUCAAAAAUCCGAACAGGUAGAUAUGAAUUUCAAGUUGGGUUUCAUCGCUUUAUUUGUUAAUACGUUUGCAGAAUCCAUUCCUAUGGGGACAAACAACUUAGUUCCAGUUAGAGCACUUGUUGAAGUAGAUGAUAUUUCUAAAAUCGAUUGGUGUGCGUAUUUAUUGUACUGUGUAAAAAAUUCAAAAGGGAGAUGGCGUCCAGACAACCCCAAGUGUUAUUACAGAGGCCCGCUUUUGUUGUUGUUGCUAAUUUACUGUGAUGAAAUUGAAUGCAAGCUCCAAAAAAUAGAACGUAAAACACUAUUUGUUACGAUGUGAACAACAGAUAAGUUGAAGGAAAGAUAAUCUUUUGAGAUUGAAGCUGGUAGAUUUGGGGUUGGAAAUCUAAUUGAACAAAGUUCAAAUUUAGAACGUGAGAAGAAUGAGAAUUAGAAGAAUGAGAAUCAGGACACACGAUUGAGGAGUAUGAAACAAUUUUCAACAAUGUCUCAACUGAAAAGGAUAAUAUGGAAGAUAUUAUCUUGCAUUGUCUAUCGAAAUUCUCUGAAGACAAUAGAACGAAGAGAUGAUAAGGAAGUUUAGAGACAUAUUUUCAACUAUAUUUUUUUCUAGUCGAGAAAAGGGUAAUAAAUAGGAUUUGAUAGAAGUUUGGAAUUACUUAAAUGUAGUUAUGGUGACUAAACAACAAUUCCUUUUGUAAUAUCUAUCUUAUUUUGAACAAAUUAUACAAAAAAAUGUUGUCUAGUAUUAUGUAAGAAAUUUGAUAUGGUUUAUUAGGUGAUUAAUGCUUAAUGAAUAGUUGGUAAU